GACCAAUGGGCAUAGGCCGGGCCCGGGAGCGCGACCAACGGGAGCCGGCGGGCGGAGGCUCUCUGCCCUUUAAGGAGCCGCUGGGCGCGGGGUCCCGGGAACCCGGCGCUUGGAGACAGGCAUCGUCCAGGUUUAGCCGCCAUGUCCCUGCAGGCUGAUUUUGACAAGGCGGCCAAAGACGUGAGGAAGCUGAAAACCAGACCAGAUGAUGAGGAAUUAAAAGAGCUCUAUGGACUCUACAAACAGUCUGUAAUUGGAGACAUAGAUAUUGAGUGUCCAGCACUGUUAGAUCUAAAUGGAAAGGCUAAGUGGGAAGCCUGGAACCUUCAAAAAGGAUUAUCAAAGGAAGAUGCCAUGAGUGCCUAUAUUUCUAAAGCAAAAGAGCUAAUAGAAAAAUACGGAAUCUAGAAUUCAGCCCGUGAGAGAAUUUUCCUUUUGAAGCCUUCAUAAUGGUAUCGUGACCUAAUACUUAGGGGAGAAAUGCACUGUAACUCUUGAUGGAUCAUCAAUAUUUUUGCUAGUAACAUGACUUGUCAUUCUGAAUUAGAGGUAUGCUGAAAUUACAUGUUUAACGAAAUUUUACUUGCUAAAACCAGGCAAUUUUUAAGAGUUCUUUUUAAAGUGUUGCUCUGGUAGUGUGUACACAAAAACAUUAAUCAUUGCUUGUUCUUUUGACUCCUGUUUUUUCUGCAGUGAAGUGGUCUUACUGGUAUAAUCAGCACAGUUUAUUAAGAACUAAUCACAAGGGUCUUUGUUUCACUGUGUAGCUUUGGGGUUCACACCAACACGGAGCCUCAGCAAUACAGACACACCCGGCUCCAGGCUCCCUUCAGUGACUGAUUUAUAGGUAACCCAAGGCAAGUUACUGAAGCUUUGCUAAAGCUCAUCUGUAGGGUAAGGGGAAAAUGUUGAUCUCAGAGGGUAAGAAUUGAAUGAGGUACCUGUAAUUAUCCUACCUUCAUUUUAAAGUGUAUACUAUAUAAAAGCUGAUAGCAAGCAACAAAACUUUAAAAAAUAAACUUAUGAGUCUAUCUCAAGCUCUUCAAAGAAAGAAGAAAAGCUGUCAUGGGCUAUCAACCAUUCAAGUUUCUAUGCUUAAGACAAAAACAUCAGGCUGAAAGGUAGUAGCUGGUGAUGACGGACUGUGCAGCAUGCCUCUGAAGUCCAGUUUUAUCAGAGUGAAAAUGCAGAAUCUGUAGUGUCUGUUGGACCAGUUUGCAGUCUCACUUGGCUGUCCACAGGCUCUCUGAAAGAAGGUAGUCUCAUUUUCAGAGUCCUAACAUCCGCUUAAGAUUCCACAGGCUAGAAAUCUUUCCAGACUGGGUGCCUGUCCCCUCCUGAGGGGUGUAGGUUUGGUGUUGUGUGAGAGAUUGAUUUCAUGUGACUUAAGAAAAAAAAUUUUGGAUCGACUAGAUGAAUUUUCAGGGAAUUAUGUUGGAUGAAAUAAAAGCCAGUCUCAAAAGGUUGUAUAUUGUAUGAUCCUGUUUAUGUAACAUCCUUGAAUUGGCAAAAUUACAAACCUUGAGGACCUAACAGUGAUUGCCAAGGAGGAGGGGAAUGGGGGAGGAUGUUAAAAGGCCAGCAGGAGGGAUCCAGCGGUGAUGGGAUGUUCUGUAUCAAUGUCAUCCCCUGGUUGGCCGGCGACCCUAGAAUUUCGCACGAUGUUGCCAUCUGGGGAAACUGGGGAGCUCUGUGUUGUUUCUUAGAACCCCAUGUGAAUCUACAGUUCCCUCAAAAUAAAAAGUUUGAUGAAAAACAAA